AUGUUACAGGAUCUGUUUGGACUGAAGGAUUCGGAAGUGAAAGCCCUUGGAGUUCGAAAUGUUGAUGACCGAAACAAGAUUCUUUCAAGUCUUCGAAAUCUUCAAGAACGACGCAAGAAAGUGGUAACAUUUGGGCGUUACACCGAGACGUGCUUUGCGAUUGUGGCAACAGUAUGCAAUAUUCCUGAGCUCUUGGGGUAG